AUGAUGGGUUCUAGUUCGCUGUGGUCUUUGAGUAGUUGUUGGUUUUGUCUUUGUAAAUGUGAAAGCCUGCUAGCCGCAAAGAUUUUGAAUUUUUUCCAGGAAGUUCAAAACAUCCUCGCUCUACAGAAUGUAGACACACCUUUGAAAGGCGGUCUGAACACACCGUUGCAAGAAACGGACUUCUCAGGUGUCCUACCAACUCCGCGUGUUCAAGCUACACCGAACACUGUGCUUAAUGCUGUGGCAGCCACUCCAGCUAGCACAUUUGGAGCGACACCCAGCUCUGUCGGUUCCUUCACACCUGGAGCAGGAGGUGCGACACCGGCAUUCCGCGACCAGAUGGGUAUCAAUGAAGGAGGUGCAACAGGUGGAUUAGAGGCUCGAGCAGAACUGCGAAGAGCUUUGGCUUCCCUGCCAGAGCCACGCAAUGACUAUGAAAUCGUUGCGCCGGACGGUGAAAGUGAGGAAGCCGAAGAACAAGAGGAAAAUGGAGAGGAAUGGGUUGAUGACGCGGCUGAUGCAAAAGAAGCUCGUGCUAAACAGCGUGCUCUUAAGAGACAGCGUGAAUUGGCAGCCAGAACUCAGGUCAUUCAGCGUUCCCUUCCGAAGCCGUCGAAAGUAUGCGACGCUGCUUUCAAGCCUUCGUUGAACAGAACGGAAAUGGCAAGGGCUGAUGACUUGAUCAAAGCGGAAAUGGCCCGGUUGGUAGCAUGGGAUGUCCAGGAUCAAGCUCCCAGUGAAGUGUAUGACGAAAGUGUUAUCAAGAAUGCAUCAGAGAUGAUUACUAAGAACUGUGAUGAGGGCCCUCCUUUGGACGCAUCGAUGUGGGCCGUUAUAGAGCAAUGUAGUUCGGAAUUGGUUCAAAGUCGUGGCAAAUUCACGAGGAUUGCUGUGUUGUCCCGUGGAGAUCAGAUUGAAGCGUUGCAUUCACAGUUCCAGAUUUACCGAGACUGGAUGAACGCGCGAGCCAAGAAGACGGCAAAGCUGGAGAAGAAACUGAAAAUCAAACUGGGUGGAUAUCAGGCAAUCCAUACAAAUUUGGCCUCGAAAUUAGCUGAAGUGAGAAAUGAGCUGGAAAUGGCAGCAAUUGAAAAGGAGACCUUCAGACGACUCGCUGAACAUGAAAUGAAGUCAAUCAAUAAGAGAGUUUCCCGUUUGCAAGAGGAAGUGCGACAGCAAGAGGCGCGAGAAAGGGAAUUGCAAAAGGCCCAUGGGAAGCUGAAAGAUCAGCACUGGAAAUUGGAGCAAUACGAGUUACGCAGUCAAGCCACCGUCCAGGCGGAACCUGUCACCUACCAGGCUACAGAGGCAUGA